GCUGAGCCGAGCCGAGCCAAACCAUGCCGAGCUGAGCCGUGCCGUGCCAAACCGAGCCGUGCCGAGCCAGGCUGAGCCCGGCUAAGCCGAGCCCCGGCGCGGCGGUUCCUGCGGAGCUGUCCAGCCCUUGCAGCCCUUCCCGGCGCUCCAUCCCGCAGCCCGAGCCCGCCAUGCGGGAGCGAUGAGCGCAGCCGCCGCCCGGCCAUGGAGGAGGAUUUGUUCCAGCUGAAGCAGCUGCCGGUGGUGAAGUUCCGCCGCACGGGGGAGAGCUCGAGGUCGGAGGAGGAGGAUGGAAUUUCGGGAGAGCACGAGGUGCAGAUCGAGGGGGUGAGGACGGAGCUGGAGCCCGUGGAGCUGGAGGAUGGAGCUGCGGUGCCCAAGGAAUUCGCCAACCCCACGGAUGAUACUUUCAUGGUGGAGGAUGCAGUGGAAGCCAUUGGAUUUGGGAAGUUCCAGUGGAAGCUCUCUGUCAUUACUGGAUUGGCAUGGAUGGCAGAUGCCAUGGAAAUGAUGAUUUUAAGUAUCCUUGCUCCUCAGCUGCACUGUGAGUGGCGCUUACCCAGCUGGCAGGUUGCAUUGCUCACCUCGGUGGUGUUUGUGGGAAUGAUGUCCAGCUCCACCCUCUGGGGAAACAUUUCAGACCAGUAUGGGAGGAAAACAGGCCUGAAGAUCAGCGUGCUGUGGACACUCUACUAUGGGAUCCUCAGUGGAUUUGCUCCCAUUUACAGCUGGAUCCUGGUGCUGAGGGGCCUGGUGGGCUUUGGCAUUGGAGGAGUGCCUCAGUCGGUAACUUUAUAUGCUGAGUUCCUUCCAAUGAAAGCCAGAGCAAAGUGCAUUUUAUUAAUAGAGGUGUUCUGGGCCCUUGGGACAGUGUUUGAAGUGCUCCUGGCAGUGGUGGUGAUGCCCACGCUCGGUUGGCGCUGGCUCCUCAUCCUCUCUGCCCUCCCACUCCUGCUCUUUGCUGGCCUUUGUUUUUGGCUGCCAGAAAGUGCCAGGUAUGAUGUUUUAUCUGGGAACCAGGAGAAGGCUCUGGCCACCUUGAAGAGGAUUGCCACAGAAAAUGGAGCUCCAAUGCCCCUGGGAAAACUGGUGGUGUCCAGGCAGGAGGACAGAGGCAAAAUGAGGGAUCUUUUCACUCCCCAUUUCCGCUGGACCACGUUGUUGCUCUGGUUUAUUUGGUUUUCCAAUGCUUUUUCAUAUUAUGGGUUAGUUUUAUUAACUACAGAGCUCUUCCAAGCAGGAGAUGUUUGCAGCAUAUCCAGCAGAAGGCAGGAAGUGAAAGCCAAGUGCAGCCUGACCUGUGAGUACCUGACAGAGGAAGAUUACACUGACCUGCUCUGGACAACCCUCUCAGAAUUCCCUGGUGUGUUGGUGACCCUGUGGAUCAUCGACCGCAUCGGCCGCAAGAAAACCAUGGCCCUGUCCUUCCUUGUCUUCUCCUUCUGCAGCCUCCUGCUCUUUCUCUGUGUUGGAAGAAAUGUUCUUACUGUGCUGCUCUUCAUUGCAAGAGCUUUUAUUUCUGGAGGAUUUCAGGCUGCCUAUGUUUACACUCCUGAGGUUUAUCCCACAGCCACACGUGCUUUGGGCCUGGGAACGUGCAGUGGAAUGGCCAGAGUGGGAGCCCUCAUAACCCCAUUCAUUGCACAGGUGAUGUUGGAAUCUUCAGUCUAUCUGACCCUGCUGGUUUACAGUGGCUGCUGCCUGCUGGCUGCCCUGGCCUCCUGCUUCCUGCCCAUCGAGACCAAGGGCCGUGGCCUGCAGGAGUCCAGCCACAAGGAAUGGGGCCAGGAGAUGGUGGGCAGAGGAUCUCAUUCCCCAGGGGAAUCACAGGAAUGAUGGGACAUGGAAACCUGCUGGAAGAAUGAAGGAUAGGAGCAAGAUGUCUCACAAAACCUCCGAGCCUGAAGCAUGGAAAGCUGACCACCAUCACUGCCAUCCUCACGUGUCAAACUGCAGGAGGUUGGGGUUGAACCUCAGCAAAUUGUGUUUUCUGCUGAUCUUUGCUCACCCUCAUAAAAACUUUUUUGGAUGGAGAGGCCUUUGAUCCAGAUAUCCUUGGAGGUUUAGCAGGAAGGGUUUCUCUUCAGUCUGUCGUGCUUGCAUGGUCAGCUCUUCAGCUUAAAAUGUCCUGUGCCAAGCAAAUGCCAAGUGACUGCAGCCCAGCAUAAGCUGUCAUUAAAAUACUGAGCUCUUGAUGCCUAAAACCAAGAGGUUCAUCUUUAGUGUGGCCCUGGCCUGGCACAGGGUGGAUUCCAUCCCUACCACUAUGGAUUAAAUGCCUGCCUUGCACUUUUAGCCAUCAAAACCAUCACCAAAAUGUGAUUCUGUCAAACCAACCCAAGCUUUCCAGUUGGGUUUUGUUUCUGGAGAGUUGGAUUGCUUGGAAAUUGAUUUCUGACUGUUUCUGCCAUCCCAGGUGGGUAUGGAGCAGGGAGGGUGGUGUUUGCUGCAGAGCUGGGACCUUGUAGCAGAAAUGCAAACCACAGAGUCAUUGAGGUUGGAAAAGACCUCCAAGCUCAUCGAGUCCAAUGUGUAAAUCCUCAUGUUUUGGAGCAGAAUUGGACUUCUCUGGUAUUGCCAGGG